CAGCCGCUGUCCGGUGUUUAGCGGGGUAGCAGCUAGACUGUACUGUGCUGUGCUGUGCUGUGCUGUGCCGUGCCAGCAGCGGCUAACAAGAUGCACAGCGCUACUGCUGUGUACAGUAUAGAUAUACCUUCAAGGUAGUGUUUGUUUAUUUAACGGGGGAAGCCGAUCGACACAGACGUAAGCAGGCAUGGCUGGAAUUAUCAAAAAGCAAAUUCUGAAACAUUUGUCAAGGUUUACCAAGAACCUGUCCCCCGACAAGAUUAACCUGAGCACCCUGAAAGGGGAAGGACAUCUGUCCAACCUUGAGCUGGAUGAAGAGGUUCUGCAGAACAUGCUGGACCUGCCUACAUGGCUGGCUGUCACCCGGGUCUAUUGCAACAAAGCUGCCAUUAGGAUACAAUGGACGAAGUUGAAAACGAGUCCCAUCUGCUUGUUCCUGGAUAAGGUGGAAGUAGAAAUGAGGACAUGUGAAGAGCCACGCCCACCUAACGGACCCUCUCCUAUAGCAAUUACAGCAGGCCAGAGUGAGUAUGGCUUUGCUGAGAAAGUGGUGGAAGGUAUGUCUGUUAGAAUCAACUCCAUCACCAUCAAGGUACAAGCUCGUGCCUUUCAUGCAUCCUUCGAGCUCUGGCAGCUACAAGGGAACAGCCUGAACCCCAAAUGGCAGCGCAGUGACCUCCGAUAUACCCGUAUCACUGACCCAAAGAGAGGAGAGGUGUUGACAUUCAAAGAAAUAAACUGGCAGAGUUUACGAAUCGAGGCUGAUGCCAUUGAGAGUGAUGAUCAGGACCUUGGGAAUACACCAUUACGUCUAAUCACCAACCAGGGACGCAUUCGAAUAGCACUGAAGCGCAGAAUAAAGGACUGUAACGUGCUGGCAUCCAAACUGUUCUUCAUUCUGGAUGAUCUGUUGUGGGUGCUGACGGAUUCUCAGCUCAAAGCCAUCAUCCAUUAUGCCAAAUCUCUCAGCGAGGCCAUGGAGAAGUCUGCGCAACAGAGGAAAAGCAUGACUGCUGAAUCCAUGCAGACUGCUCCUCCUUCUCCUGGGCUUCACACUCUCUGGACAGAGUCCACACCUGCUCCAACCAGUAGUCCCAGCAAUGCUAGUCAAUACUUUGACCAGUUUGAUGUCAAAGAGUCUUCUUAUCACACCUUCAUAUCUCGCUUGGACUUACACAUAUGCAACGAUAGUUCUUCAGUGGAUGAUGAUGAGCCUCCCCCACCAGGCUUACAGGGUGCCAUGCAGUUAACCUUUAAGAAGCUUGGCUUUGACUACUAUCCUAUCCACAGACCCGCUGAUGGAUGUCGACAUUGGGAGCGCCACAGUGGAGCCAUGGAGGCACAGGCCCAGUGGGCAGGGAAACUGCUGCAGGAGUACCAGAAAAGAGCAGAGGCUUCUGGGUUCCCUGGGCCACACACUGAGGUUCCACAACCAACCAAGGACUCGCCUCCAAAGACAGUUCAAGAUAAACAGUCCAGUCCCAAGUUAACGUCCUCUGACAAAGAGCAGACAUCCAGCAGGAACUCUGUCACAGCUCCGCCUGGGUCAUCAUUGAAGAGGCUGCGAUCUAACUGUGUGGUGAUCAGGAUGGAUGAUGUCGACAUUCACCAGGUGUCAACACGAGGCCGUCAAAACAAGAAGACCCAGUCUUUAAUAUCUUGUAAUCGUAAAGCUGCACAUUUGCCAGACAACGUACCAGCAAUCCAUCUGCAGUUUACUGAAUACUACUUUCCUGACAACCCCAGUGUAUCAGUGCCCACGUCAAACUUGUAUGCCCAGAUGAACAGCCUCCAGCUGUGUGUGGACCCAGCCAGUGUGCUGUGGAUCAAUCUGUUUUCGAGGGGCCUGUUACAUACCCUGGAUCAAGUAAAAGCUUUCUAUCAUUUGCAAGACAGCAGCAAGGCAGAGGAGCACGUAGAUAUCCGUAUGGAUGCAUCCCAACUUAAGUUGAUAAUUCCUUUAGAUUCUUCUAUUUUGGACCAUCCGGAGCGUCCACAGUCCCUCUCCAUUACUGUUCCUCAAAUGGUUCUGAGUAACACCCGGCACUGUCCUCAUGCCACCAGAGCUGACCUCAACAGCACCUAUAACAACUUCUCCUCCUGCCGUUUCUUUCAGUCCAGACCACCCUGCCCUUACCCAAGAGACCAGAGUGCCUUUCACCCACUUCCCUCCAUCUUCCUCCAGUACUCUCAAGAGACGGAGCCCCUGCCUUUGGGUAAAAAGCAGCUGAGGUCUCAGGAUGUCUGGUCUCUCAGUUUGUCCCGUGUUACACUAGGGUUUGAUGGAGCCCGCAGAUUCCCUAAAGGCAGGACCCAGCCCUUUAUUGAACCCUUUGCUAUGUCUGUGUGGAUGUGCCAGCCUUCCGCCUUUAAUUGUGGAUCACCAUCGUCCCCCUGUAGUUCUAACAGAACACACCAGUCCUCUUUGGAGCAGGAACCCACCCAGGAGGAGGGGACCCUUGCCUCUGUUCACAUUCUAGCCCAUGCCAUCACUCCACUGAAGAUGUGGCUAAACCAUUAUCAAUACGUCGCUCUGCUGAGGAUGAAAGAUGCCAUGGCCCGCUUGGUCGCAGAGUUGGGACGGGAUACACGGGAGGUUAAGAAGGUUCAAGACCACAAAACUAAUCUUGCCACGGCGUGUUUGGCCCUGCUGUUAGAUUCAGCUGAACUGGGACUCCUGUUGCCUCCAGUCUGCACAGAACCAGAGGAAGAAGUCCCCCACACUCCAGAGACAGACAGCCCAAGCAUGACAGACUCUGACAUCUCUCCAACUCAUCAUGCUACUGAUGGCGUAUUGGAGGACAGCGGCUUAGAAAACGGCAUCUCAUCCAUUAACACGGGUGGCACUGAGUAUGACCAGGAUCAGGAUGAUCAAGAUGGGUUGGUGGAGGAGGCAUGUGAAGCGGUGGAGGAUGUGGUGGAGGACGGUGGGCUGACAACGCAGGUGGACACUCCCGUUCUCUCGCCCCCGCUCUCACCCGGACAGUCUCCUGUCCUCUCUCGAGAACCAUCCACCUUUAGCUUGGAGGGAGAACUGUCAAGCGCCAUUAAUGUCACCAAGGAUGUGACCAAAGAUGCCAUUAGUGCCUCACUGGACCUGACCAAAGGGGCGUUUUCUAUAACAAAAGAUGCUUUCAGUAUGCUGAGUCGUGGCUCAGGGAUGAGCAAAUUGUUCAGUCCAGCUAAGGAACAGGUCCAGCGGUCAGAAGAGUCCUCCCCCUCUCUGGCUGCCAGCCUGCGUCACCAAUCCAUGAAGCAGUCACCUUCCCAGCAUUCCUUUGAUAGUGCUAUCUUGGAUGGCAGCCUGCCUGAUGAAAAUCUCUCUGUGGAUAGUGACACCAGCGACAAUUUUGUUGUUCUCAUGGACUCAGAGUCAGGCGUGGAGUCCAUGCGUCCAAACAACACUCCGCUCACUGUGGGCAGUAGAGGCAGUCCAGCCCCGGGGACGGAGGGAGGUUCAUCAGCUGACCUCAGCAGCUCCCUGUCUCAGAGUAUUGAGGAUGUUUCUCAGGAUAUGUCCUCAGUCUUCUUACUUAUGAUGAGUGGGAUGGCCUGUACCAUGGAGGUAAAAGGAGAAGACCAAGUUGUUGCAGCAGAAGCUCAAAAUCUGAUCCCUUUGCAAAUGGGUAAUAUCCGGGUUUCUGACAUCCUGGCUGGUCUUGUACAAGCUCCAGGUGGAGCAGUGCAGAAACAGAACAGGCAGGGAAACUCUGCAGCUGUGAGCAUGCGAGCAGAAAUGGGUCCAUCUGCAGCCCAACACACUGAUGAGUCUGUGGGCUUCAUGGAUAUGAGGGUGAGAGACUGCCAUGCAGAGCUGUUAGCCUCCACUGUGGCCAACAUUGGGCCCUUUCUGGAAGAUGAAUUUGCUGUUGACAGUCAGCCAAUGAAGUUACACAUGAGCAACGUCAAAGUCACGAUAAAGGAUGACGGCCCUAGAAUUUACCCUACAGCCCCUCAGCCUGUCCCAGCCACUUUCAUUGUAGAUCAGCUGCUUCUUGAACGUGGUGACGAUGGCAUCUUGAGGCUCAAAGCUGAAGGUCCAGACUCAAAAGCCUCAGCAGAUGUUCCUGUGGUUUCUUUGGACAAGAUGAACGGUUGUGUACCACUGCAGAGUGAAAGACAAACCCUGGAAACCCAGCUCUCCGAUGCCCAGGCUGCCCUCACCCAGGCCCUCAGUGAGCGAGACCGCCUCUUACUGGAGGUCAAGAAGUACGACCCCAUGUUUACCAUGUGAGAUACUCGGUCUCUGACCCCUGAACACAAAGCUGCUCCUUCGGAAAACAGUGUUGGAACGGAUCAGGGUGAAUGUGAGGAACCAGUAUGAAUCACUUCAAGCAUGCCGGUACUUUGGACAUAUUAGGAAAGAAGACAUAACCAGAUGUCAGCAUAGUUUGGAUUACUUCAAACCUACACUAUCACGUUAUUCAUAAGAUUCCAAAAGAGCUCCUUUAACACUUAUUAAAAGAUGAGCCCUGUGAACUAAGUUUAGGUACAUUACAGGUACUAUGUUUAUCCAGCAGUCUAGAUAUGGCUCACUGCUGUACUAAAAACAGUGACUUCAUCCAAAUCAGUGUAGAGGUAAACUCAUUGUGUGGUUUCAGUGUUCAGCAUGCAUGGGUAAAUGUCAAGCUUUAAGUCUCUCCAGUUAAUAUGUUGUGUCACAUUAAUGUUAAGUUGUACAUGCCAAAAACUUCUUUUCACAUGCACUGACACUGCCAGAGAACUGCAGGUACAUCAUUUUGCUCCUUCUACAAAACACAACCUAUGAUCAUUCACCAUCUGUGAGCAGACUUUUACAAACAUACGGACAUGAAGAUGAAAAGAUUGAGCAAUAUGGAUUACUUCCAUUCAUUUCUGAAUAUAUUAGUAGCUGUUAGUGUUAGGUACUUGUUGAUGCUGUGUUGUGAACAGUAGGGAAAACGAUGCACUUUUUCUUUACAAAGCAGAACUCUGCUGCUUAUACAGAGCGACAGAUGCAUCUCAAGUGUCCACCUUUGUGGCUUCAUCUCCAGGAUGGCACUGUUACACACUCAAGUUCUCACCGCUCUUUAAAAGCGAGUUGUUUCAUUCCCCAGUAUUAUUUUUCUUUGAGUUGUGACAUGUUUGUUAAUAUUCUUUUGUACUGUGAAUCAAUGAAACAGUCUGCUCUGUGGGUGAAUGCCCUCCUGCGACACACCUUUUCACCUUUUGAGUUCGGUGUCUCAGCAGAGCAGACCAGGUUGUACAGUGGCUUCAGUAUUGUAACUAGGUUGGUCUUUUUGCCCUGGUAAAGAGGUUUGAUUUAUUAUACCAGUUACUUGGAUUAUCUUCAAAAACCUUUUUUUAGAAAGAAUAAAGUCAGGAAAACAGUGAGACUAGCCUAAUAGUAUUACCUCUGUAGUUGUUCAACAUCAUGAAUAUACAUUAAUUUUAUUUAUUUUCAUUUGUUUAUGCAUGUUCUUUAAAAUAUACUGAAGCCAUAUCAAUCAAAGUCACAUUUUACAAAGCUGUGGUACUCGUACUGUGUUGCUUGCUCACACACUAUUUAUUACUAGAUUCACUGAAAAAAAAAGAUUUUGUCUAUUUGACCACAUAGCAGUUAAAAUUUGUCAUUUUGAUAUUUUGUAUACAUGCAUAAAUUGAGUAUAUGCAUGGGUUCAAACAUAGAUUUGCUCAUCACAUUCCAUAUAACAUAUCCCCUUCUUUGGAAAUGCUUAUAGGGAAGUCAGGAUUUUAUUGUCACAUGUUAUUUAUAAAAUGUUAUGUUUUUAAUCGGAGGUCCUGUAGCCUUUUGCCUUUAGCAGUACAGCAAUUCACUGUUAAAGUAAAAUAUGUUACAGCCACAGAAAUCGGCUGUCCUGUCAAACGCACACAUCAUUUCAGUGUUCAUAGGAGACCUCUAGUGGUUUGAUUUGAGUGUUACUUUUUUUUCUUUCAUCUUUGGUUGCCUUCAAAGCUAUGAAUGACAGAUUUGCAUUCUUAUUGUGGAAUGUAAAAUGUAAAAGCAAUAGGAAAACAAUGUAGGUUUAACCAAAAAACAUGGCUACCAAGUGUUACACUACACAUUUUUGAUACAGUAUUCUAAUUUUCUAGGAUGAGUCAAUACAGUUUAGUUUAUUUAUCAGUUUUUACAGUUCCACCACCAGUUGAAUUUGUACUCAAACACAUCUGUAAUCCCUCUGUGUUAAGAUAUGUUACCAUCAUGUUCACAUACAGAUGUGACUUUCUCUCAGCUUGUAAAUUUGUUUUGCAUGACUUUAGAGGAUCAAGAUAAAAACUGGUUGUCCUAUGCUGGAUGAAACAUGUAGCUGUACAGUUUGUCCUGCUUCCCUCUCCUCAGUGUAAAGUAGCAUCCCUUUUUUGAUGAUAAACUGAUGUCCUGGGUUUCAUCUGCUCAUAAGCGUUUACACUAGACUUCCUUUACACUCCAGGAUUGGGUUUAUACCACAUCUUAACCUCCCACCUAGUGUGUAGAAUCAGAGUGAAGCAUGAGUCACUUUAGUGUGUGUUUUCUCUCUAUUUACAGGAUUGACUGACAUGGUAAAACUAUUUGCCACUAAAGAGCAGAUGCAUUUCCUGAAAUGAUGUUGUGUAGUUUCUGCCUCAAUGGAUUAUUUGCACUUGUGUGGUAAAUUCACUGGAAUUUGCACUUGUUUUAAUGCAAAUCACAUCAAAGAAUUGCAGAGGAGUCUUUGUGAAAUCUUCCUAAGUGAUGCAAAUGUUAAAGACCCUGUGGAAAGUAUUUUGUCAGUUGUGUACAAUUACAUUGAAUUUUGCUUUGUCUUUAUCACUUCAUUGAGACAAAUAUAAAAUUGGUUCUGUGAACCAAAGGUAGUAUGUGGAAAAUAUUUUAAAAAAUAAUAAAUAAUUAACUGCUGAACACAA